AUGCGAGAGACCCCGGAACCUCCCGCAUCACACGCCUCAGAACCAAAUACAACGACAUCUAGCGGCGGCGGUAACACUAUUACCGAAGCCACGCCAGAAGAAUACGAUGGCUUCGAUUGGCAAGAAGAUGUCAAUGCUCUUGCGGACGGAAUGGCAGCACUCUCUGUCGAGCCCAGAGGCGCAGGAUACCUGGGUUCAACUGCAGGCGUCUUUUUCCUUCGGUCGCUCUUGAACUUGACUGGGCAUACGAAACCGCUUCUUGAAAGUAAGCCUAGAGCAGAUGAACGAUUCAGCGCCGUGGCAUCCUCCUCCCAGCUGUCCGAGCUAGUCGCCUCUAGGCAGGUUAUCGAUCGGCUCGUCGAUAGCUAUUUCUCGAUAUACCACCGCGCAUAUCCGUUCGUUCACGAGCCUACUUUCAGGGCUCAGCUCCACGAGGUCAUUCCGCGGCCGCAACGUCGAUCAUGGCUUAUGCUGCUCCACACCAUACUCGCGUUGGGCGCAUGGUGCCAGGACGAUCCCCAGGGCGAGUUAGAUGAUGAUCUCUAUCGCCAUGCUUUGUCCUUUGGCGAAGACGAGUCCCUGUUCGAAAGCGCGAACCUUGAGUUUGUGCAAGCUCUUGUUCUUCUCAGCAACCUCAGCCAGAAACGAAAUAAGCCCAACACCGGAUCUAACUUCUUGGGGCUUGCCACUCGCAUGUCGCUCAGUCUGGGCCUUCACCGAGAGCUGCCAGACUGGCGCAUCAACAAGUUGCAGCGGGAGAUGCGUCGGCGAGUUUGGUGGGGUCUCUACAUAUUCGACAGCGGCGCCUCAACCACCUUCGGGAGGCCCAUUCUACUUCCAGAUACUGAAGCUAUGGAUGUUCGGCCAGUCCUUAACAUUCACGACGUGAGCCUUACGAGCAGAACAACCGAACUACCCGUGGAAGUUGACGAGCCGACGCUCUACUCUGGUCUGAAGAUGCAGAGCCACCUUCACGUCCACUCCAACUUCAUUUCGAAUCGGUUGUUGUCGUCCUCGGGCAUAUCACCCGAGAGUGCGCUUUCCAUGGACGCAACGCUGAGCAAGUGGUCCGAGUCGCUACCCGCGUAUUUCCAGUUGGACUAUGACGGGCCUUCCGUCGAAUCGUGGUUUCUGUUCACCAAGUCACGGCUCUGGUGGCGGUUUUGGAACCUCAAAAUCAUCCUUUUCCGACAAUUAUUGCUUCAGCAAGCUGUCAGCAAGAGUAGAGGAAAUAUUCAAACUGCUUUCAACUCGUCCGACGAACGGUGCAGAAGCGUCGCCGUUGAUGCCGCCAUCGCAUCAAUCGCAUCCAUUGACCACUACACCAAGCAUGGGGACAUUACCAGGCUGGUUACAUGGUAUUCAAUUUUCUUCUUGUUCCAUGCGUCCCUUGUGGUUGCACUCGUCUUGAUUGUUGACUCGGAGUCGCCCAAUGCGCCCCAGUGGCAAGUCCACCUCGACACAGUUCGCCAUGUUUUCCGUCACGUCUUUGCCAAGGACCAACUGGCCGCUCGCUGUGCCACCAUCCUCGACGAAAUUCUAAUGCCCGGCUACUUCACCGGGUCAGACAACUGGUCAACUGUUGAUCCAGACUCUUGGUCGAUGAACUUCUCUACAUGGCCAACCGAACCAACAGAUGACUUUUUCAGUCUUUUGGGGUGGUCAGGGACCGAAAACUUGGAAAUGUAG